GUGGAUGCUGGCACAUGCUUUUCAGAAGGAAGAGUUUUUAUUUUGCAUGCGCAGUCAGUAGGAAAAUUUAUGUUGGAUUGUGUAACUUAUGAAAGGUUUUCAAUUUAUUUAAAUGUAUAUCAUUAUCAAUUACGCAAAUUAGAUGAGAACAUAAACUUUGGUUACUUUAAUGCUUAAUAGCAGAUGAAAAUACACUCCAUUGAAGCUAUGGCAGCUGUAGAUGACGAUUCACUUGACUUCAGACAGUUAGAAGAAGAACUUCAUGCAGCAGUAGAAGCUGAUACUAAAUAUUCACGAGAAAAUGAUGCCAAAGUCAGAGCAGUUAAUCAAAGAGUCACAGCCUACGAUGAAUUUAGAGACAUGGUGAAGGUAGCUCAUCUAAAGCCCAUGCAAAAGGAAGAUAAAGUUAAUGGUCGAACCCGUAAAACAUGGAAUAGCCUUGCCAGUAAUAAAGUGAAAAGUAUCUAUCAGCAUCAGUGUCCUUUUACUCAGGUUACAAAGCAGUCUUGUGAACUGAAGACACCCCUAACAACCCAGGAAUUUGAAAAGAUUUGGCAUCAUCGUCUUUCUAGUAUUCAAGAUCGCUACAAUUUCUUAAAGAAAGUUGGAGGGGAGGCACUCGGUCAGAUAUUCCACUCUGAAAUUGGCUUUGGUCUUCUUGGUGAAAUUUUGGUAACUCUUACAGAAUUUGAAGACACUGUUGAAGAUUUUUAUCUGGUGGUAGAAGUGUUGAGUGGACUCAGUAAAGCCAAAAGGUUUAGCCUUACCCUGCAGUUCUUGACCAGUGAUGAAAGGGCAGAGUGUAAACAGUUAUUUCAGUUGUUGUGGCAUAGUAUGUCAGACAAGCAGCAAGAUCUGGCAGAAAACGGAAUCACAGAACUCACUCUUCAAGAAUUAAUGAAAGCAUACGAGAUAGAGCGAAAGCUUUUUUAAACAAAGUGGUAAAACAAUCUUUCUAUCACUUCCCUAUGAUAAUUUACCUUAGAAUGUGAUAGUUGCGAUUCUUUUAGUGAAAAGUGUGCUGUUUUAUAAAAGAAUUAGUGCUUUCUUGCAGGCAGUUUAAUAGAUGUGUUAUUGUUGAUUUAUUGCUAUAUAUAUUUAUAUAUGUUCACUAAUCUCAGCAAGAGCAUAAUCUAUUCCUUAUUUUAUGUUUGUACAGAAAAGUCCAUUAUAUUACAGAAAUAUAUAUGUUUAGAUGAUAUUUUUAUAACCUUCUGUUUGUUAUACAAGUUACUUUAGCUUUUUAAUAACUCCAUUAUAAUAUUUAAACAGCAAGUUUAUGAAACAUUGUUUUAUUUGUAAAGUUUCAAAAUUAUCAGCAUUAUUUUUUAGAUAAAUUUUAUCUCAAGCCUUGCACAGAAGCCAAAUUCAUUACUGUAGUUGAAAGAGUUUCUUGAUUUGUUUUGUAUGUUACAAUAUUAUGGUUUUAUGCAGCUGUGUAAUGUUAACCAUAGGUGCUAUAAUGUAAUAUUAAAAAUAAUAAUAAAUGUAUUAAAUUUCGUUUUACAAAUAAAAUAUUUAAAAGAGUUAAGAAAAAUUCUGGUGACUAGCAUUAACUGUUUUUGCUCUAAACAUUCAGCAGCAUUAAAUUGUAGGGUAGUUAACUGUGAUUUACAGUGUACAAGUAAGAUUUUAUAACUAAGUCUAAGUUAAAUAAAAAGUUUUCUUAUUACUGAAAUUUAUGGCUGAUUUUCUUCAGACACAUUUGAAUAUUUUCAGAGUUUGAUAUUAUUAAAAAGUUUUUGUAAUAAUAUAACAGGAGAAAGCAUAAUUUGUUUGGUUUAUGUGUUUGUGACAUGCCAGACAUAGUAAUUUUACAUGUAAUUUGGACCUUAACAAAUCAUCUUGGAUUUCUGUCAGUUUUAAUUGCAUUAAUAAUGUAUCAAGUUAAUUUAGUUGAAUUGCUGUUAAAACUUACCCAUUUUUGUGCUUUUAGUUAUCUAGAGUUGUUUAACAUAUUACAAGUUACCGAUUCUUAAAAUACAUUGGUACAAGAUGAAAUAUGAUACACAUAUUUUAAACAAACAAAUCUUUUGCCUAAAAUAAAUUUUAUUGUCAUUUGUAUUUUUUCUGGUGGUAUUAUCAAGGGUAUAGUUUAGCUUAUUCUGCAGUUGUUAAACUUUUUAAAUCACAUUUAUGUUACAUGAAUGUUAUUUUCUAACAAAUUAGAUCAGAAACCUUAAAUAUUGUCCAGUCAGUGUUGUCACAAUUAAUCACUAGUGAGAAGUGGUAAUUCUUCUUGUGCCAGAAAUCUUCCAACAUUCAAUCUUUAAUUGUAAAUUUGGAAAGUUUUUCAAGAAAUAGUUACUUUAAUGAUGUGAUAUUUGUUUUGUUGCUUGUUGCAUAAAAAUGAAAAUAUUUUUCCAGCUGUGUUUUGUGUUUGAACUUUUCAUAACAUUAUACAACAAAUGUGUGAUUAUUAACACAAACUUUGUUGGGUGUGUAAUGUGAAACUAAACUUUUUGUUUGGAAAUUAUCAGAAUACAGAAGAGAAUUUUAGGUUUGCAAAAUAAAGUUAAGCAAUGUGAAUUAUGAUGAUAUGAAGAUUUUAGUAGUGGUAUAAGUUGGGCAGUUGUCAGUGAUAUAUUUAAAGAAUCAUAUAUGUCACUGAAUAAAAGAUAUUCUUCAAAAAUAAAACUUAGAUUAAAAUGUGAA